CUGGACGUAGUGCCGCUAGCUGAGGGCUACGAUUGGCUCCAAAGUAUCUCCCUCACCCGCCCAAUCAAAAUGGAAGCUACUACUGCUGUGCAGUAAAAAUCUUAAUCAUGCGAUCCAUGUGUGACUAACGACGCCAUCCCAUCAAUUCAAGUACAAAUCUUCAGUCUCCCCCAUCGUCCCCCCUUUCAUCAGCUCUGACAUCGCUUCCACCGACUACUGCCCUGUCACCGCAACCGUGCUGUACCCAUACCCGUACCUACUACAGUACCCUCACUUGAUCCGAAGUCUGAAGCCUGAAGCCUGAAGCCUGAAGCUUGAAUCUUGAAGCCUUUCUCAACAUGGGUCAACCCUCUACUCAAGCAAGCAAUGCCAUCAUCUUUCUUACCUAUGGUGCUUUUCUGUACGUAUUGGGCGUUGCCGUUGCGGGGAAAAAAACACACGAACAAAACGAAGACUCCAAUCAUCCACACCCGCUAACCACAUCCCACAGCGUUCUUGGCUGCUUCAUCGCAUGGCGUUUGAGACACCAAUCUAAGGUACCUAGCUAUCCGUGAAGCAUACUCAGAGUAGGACAUGGUUUAGCUAAUGUUGACCCAAGGGUGAUUUUCUUGCGAGUAACAGAACUCAGACUGGUCAGAACUUUCACCCAAGCCGAGCCAUGUCAUCCUCAAUUGUUCUUCGCUGACCGUUGCACUUAGCAAUCCCCUUGGCUCUGAACUUCAUUGCCUCUGGUUAGUAUUCGAACAGUCAACCAUAUGUAUCAGCCAGAAAGCGGCAGUCUAUGUCAUCUUAACCCAUCAAGCGCAAAGCAGUAGGAUGCUUGUCCUAGAAGUCAGAGAAUGUGUUGUGAAGAGGUUCGUGUUCAUCUAUACCGCUGGCUGUUUCGGGUUAUCAGUUGAGAUGUCCUCGAGAUGCCAACCCCAAACAACCAGCGCGGCUUCACUACGGGCGCCGAGUCGAGACAGACACUAAAAACCCAACUUUCACGCUAUUGCGGAGAGAGAUUUUUCGGUUUGUCAAGACGAAGCUGAGAUUGUACCGUGAUACUCGAUCAAGUUAAUGCUUGCGUGGGAAAGUGUCUGCCGCUUCGAUGAUCCCUUCCCCCUUCCCCCCGAGUAUGAUCGCUAACCGAGCCACGUCCUUCUGCAGCGCUCGGAUCCGGAAUCUUAUUUUCUUACCCUCAGCUUGCAACAAUCACUGGCGUGCAAGGCGUUAUUGUGUACGCUAUUAGCUCUGCCGCACCACUAUUGGUAUUUGCCUACCUUGGGCCAAUCAUCAGAGCGAAGUGCCCAGAUGGGUUUGUGUUGACUGAAUGGACAAGGCAACGCUACGGUGUAUUCACGGCCAUUUAUAUCAGCUUCUUAACAUGUGCUACUAUGUUUCUGUACAUGAUAGCUGAGCUCUCGGCCUUGCAGCAAAUCAUUCCUGCGUUGACGGGAAUGGAUGGCCUUCCAAUGGUGAUCGUUGAAUGCGUUGUCACCACUAUUUAUACAUGUAAGACCACUUCUGAAUGUAGACCUCCACACUGACUUGGGAAAAAGCUCUGGGAGGAUUCAAAAUCUCAUUCAUAACGGAUAAUAUACAAGGUGCCAUGGUUAUCGGCCUGAGUCAGUUUUCCACAUGAUGCCACGCGUGUGUGCUUAUUUAUCUCUAGUCGUUAUCGCCACUAUUACAAUUGGAGUUGAGACAAGGAUUGAUACUAGUCUGAUUGAGCCCUCUGGUUUGACAAAGCCAACUUUGUUGGGUUGGCAGCUACUUUACAUCCUUCCAAUUGCAAUCCUUACCAACGACUUUUUCCUUUCUAACUUCUGGAUUCGCGCAUUCGCUUCCAAGACCGACAAAGACCUAUGGAUCGGCGUCUCAAUAGCCUCCGUGCUUGUACUUUGUAUUUUGAUACUAGUCGGUUCCACGGGUUUCAUCGCUGUCUGGUCUGGCGCUCUUGAUUCAAGCAACAUUGAACAAGACGGGAGUGUCGCUUUUUUCUACCUGUUGGAGAAACUUCCAGCGUGGACUGUGGGGAUUGUACUUGUGAUGGUUGUUUCACUUAGCACUGCCGCAUUUGAUAGUCUGCAGUCCGCACUGGUCUCUACAGCAUCGAACGAUCUUGUCCGUAACAAACUUAAUAUCUGGUGGAUCCGUGGGGCUGUGGUUUUACUUAUAUUCCCCGUUGUCGUUCUGGCACUGAGGGCUCCCAGUAUUCUACAGAUUUUCCUGAUAUCUGAUCUGUUUUCUGCGUCUUCGAUCCCGGUUCUAGUUCUUGGUCUUAGUGACCGAUUCUACUGGUGGCGAGGGUUCGAGGUCGUGGUCGGUGGACUAGGUGGAAUAUUGACCGUAUUCAUCUUUGGAACGAUAUAUUUUGGCAACGCAAAAGGGGGCGCUAACCUCAUCAUUCUCGAAGGGGGUCUUUACGCCAACGAUUGGAGCGUCUUUGGCGCUUUUGUGGCCGCACCCGUUGGCAGCUUGCUUUGGGGAUUUGGGGCUUUCAUACUCAGGGUAGCAUGUCAAUUCGGCAUUGCAAAAGUCACUGGUCGUGACUUUAAUGCCUUGGAUCGACCUAGCCACCUCACAAGACACACUGGGGACAGAUCGGAGUACCCUGAUAACGACGAGAUAGGCAGUGAUUCGGGAGUCAAUAUCGUCAGAGGUGGAAAGUUCUUUUGA